CAACUCGAGGCUUCAUUCUGCAUUUGCUAACAGCUCAGUCAAUCAUGUCUGGUCGAGGAAAAGGAGGAAAGGGACUCGGGAAAGGAGGCGCCAAGCGUCACCGCAAAGUUCUCCGUGAUAACAUCCAGGGCAUCACCAAGCCCGCUAUCCGCCGUCUUGCCCGUCGUGGCGGUGUGAAGCGUAUCUCCGGUUUGAUCUACGAGGAGACCCGCGGUGUCCUCAAGGUGUUCCUGGAGAACGUGAUCCGUGAUGCCGUCACCUACACCGAGCACGCCAAGAGGAAGACCGUCACCGCCAUGGAUGUUGUCUACGCUCUGAAGAGGCAGGGACGCACCCUGUACGGCUUCGGGGUUAAACCAUCUUCUCCGACCCUAAACCCAAAGGCUCUUUUAAGAGCCACCCAAAUACUUGAAGCUGCAAUCCAGUCUAAUCAGUAUUUGAUAUACCCGGAAAUAUACAUCAUGCCUGCUGACGUUGCCAAACCCGCUCCCAAGAAGGGCUCUAAGAAAGCCGUCUCCAAGACCGCAGUUAAGGGCGGUAAGAAGCGCCGUAAGACCAGGAAGGAGAGUUAUGCCAUCUACGUCUACAAGGUGCUGAAGCAGGUCCACCCCGACACCGGCAUCUCCUCCAAGGCGAUGGGGAUCAUGAACUCCUUCGUCAACGAUAUUUUCGAGCGUAUCGCCGGUGAGGCCUCUCGCCUGGCUCACUACAACAAACGCUCCACCAUCACCUCCAGGGAGAUCCAGACCGCCGUCCGCCUGCUGCUCCCCGAACCUCCCGAGAACAUGUCUGAAGUAGCGCCUGCACCCGCUGUUGCCGCCUCCCCGGCGAAAGCCACCAAGAAGAAGCCCGCUGCCCGGCCGAAGAGGGUCGGCCCCAGUGUGAGCGACCUGAUCGUGAAAGCCGUGGCUGCGUCCAAAGAGCGAAGCGGAGUCUCUCUUCCGGCCCUGAAGAAGACCCUUGCUGCUGACGGCUACGACGUGGAGAAGAACAACUCCCGCGUCAAGGCCGCAGUCAGAAGCUUGGUGACCAAGGGAACACUGCUCCAGGCCAAGGGCACCGGAGCGUCCGGAUCCUUCAAGAUCAACAAGGAGGCAAACAAACCCGCCGCUGCCAAGAAGGCCGCCGCCCCUAAAGCCAAGAAGCCCGCAGCCAAGAAACCCGCCGCGGCUAAGAAGGCCGUCACCCCGAAGAAAGUCAAGAAGACUCCAACCAAGAAGGUAUCAGUUAAGAAAGCGACCCCGAAGAAGGCGAAGAAGCCCACCGCAGCCAAGAAGGUUGUGGCCAAGGUUACAAAGAAAACCGUCAAAAGCCCCAAAAAAGCUCCAAAGCCCGUUGCCAAGAAGUCUCCGGCAAAGAAGGCAGCAAAGCCCAAAGCAGCCAAGAAGGCCGCCCCCAAGAAGAAACAUUCAACUAUAAUGGCAAGAACCAAGCAGACCGCCCGUAAGUCCACCGGUGGCAAAGCCCCCAGGAAGCAGCUCGCCACCAAGGCUGCCCGUAAGAGCGCCCCGGCCACCGGCGGCGUGAAGAAGCCCCAUCGUUACAGGCCCGGGACCGUGGCCCUGAGAGAGAUCCGUAGGUACCAGAAGUCCACCGAGCUGCUGAUCCGCAAGCUGCCCUUCCAGCGCUUGGUGAGGGAGAUCGCUCAGGACUUCAAGACCGACCUGCGCUUCCAGAGCUCCGCCGUCAUGGCUCUUCAGGAGGCCAGCGAGGCUUACCUGGUCGGCCUGUUCGAGGACACCAACCUGUGCGCCAUCCACGCCAUGUCUGGUCGAGGAAAAGGAGGAAAGGGACUCGGGAAAGGAGGCGCCAAGCGUCACCGUAAAGUUCUCCGUGAUAACAUCCAGGGCAUCACCAAGCCCGCUAUCCGCCGUCUUGCCCGUCGUGGCGGUGUGAAGCGUAUCUCCGGUUUGAUCUACGAAGAGACCCGCGGUGUCCUCAAGGUGUUUCUGGAGAACGUGAUCCGUGAUGCCGUCACCUACACCGAGCACGCCAAGAGGAAGACCGUCACCGCCAUGGAUGUUGUCUACGCUCUGAAGAGGCAGGGACGCACCCUCUACGGCUUCGGCGGUUAAACCAUCUUCUCCAACCCUAAACCCAAAGGCUCUUUUAAGAGCCACCCAAAUACUUGAAGCUGCAAUCCUAUGAACCUGGUAGUUUUGUCUUUAUACGUAUUAACAACUUAACAUGCACGUUUUUUCUGUAAACAAACAAGUGGGUUAAAACUUUACGAAAGCUAUAACAGUAGAAACUCUUAAGACGCCAAGAAGGAGCGGCUUCGAAUCACUUAACAUAAUGGUAAACGGACAUUGGUUGAACUGAUUUGUACGAUCUUCUACCCCUCAAUCCAAAGCUCUCCGAUACAUUGUCAUCUGACACCUUUCUUCAACGAGCUGUUAACGUGGCAACAGUAUAUAAAUGGUACAAUCG